UACAAGUCAUUUCAGGAUGGUGAGUUUUUCAAACAAAAUGAGUUCCUGUCGUCAGGAGAAUUGAGAAUAAGUGUUACCCUCUAUGUUGAUGAGUUUGAAGUGUGCAACCCUCUGGGAACUUCCAGAAAGAAGCAUAAACUUUGUGCUGUGUAUUGGAUUUUGAGCAACUUACCCCCAGGCCAGCACUCUUCUUUGUCAUCUAUCUACUUGGCAGUACUGUGUAAAAGUAACUACAUCAAGGAAUACGGAUAUGGAAAAGUGCUUGAACCUCUUUUGUGUGAUCUGGUUGUCUUGGAAGAGCAUGGCGUGUUUGUCCCGCAGAUUGGAAAAAAUAUUCAAGGCACAGUACAAUGUGUAGCUGCAGAUAAUCUGGGUGCCCAUGGUAUUGCGGGCUUUGUGGAAAGUUUUUCAGGGGAGUAUGUUUGUCGAUUUUGCACAGGUCGUUUCAGUGACUUUCAGACCAAGCAGGUUCUGUCGGGUGAGUUUAAUCUUAGAUCAAAAGACGAACACAAAGAACACGUCAAACACGCAGUGGAAAGUGGAAAGCCUUGUGUUGGAGUGAAAAGGCCAUGUGUGUUGACAGAAAAUCUUUCUCAUUUUGAUGUAACAACUGGAUAUCCACCUGAUGUACUCCACGAUCUGUUGGAGGGUAUUGUUCCAGUGGAACUUGCACAGUGCCUGGGUAUGUUGAUAUCCAAGCAAUACCUGUCUUUGGACACUUUAAAUAAGGUUAUUCUCAGUUUCCCUUACAAAGGAGACGAUAAAACAAACCGACCCCAUGUUGUGCCACAAAAACUUUUAAGCAAAAAGACAAUAGGUGGCAACGCAGCUGAGAAUUGGACGCUCUUAAGAUUGCUGCCUUUCAUGAUUGGAGAUGUUAUACCUGACGGUGAACCAGUGUGGGAGAUAAUUCUGGAUUUAAAAGAGAUAGUGGAACUUGCUGUCUCCCAGAUCCAUACUGAAGAAUCCAUUGGAUAUCUUCAGUUCAAAAUAUCUGAUCACAGACAGAAAUAUCAAGAAGCAUUUCCCACCCAAAAACUCCUCCCAAAGCAUCACUUCUUAGAGCAUUACCCUCACAUGACCCGGUGUUUUGGUCCUCUGGUCGGAGUCUGGACCAUGAGAUUUGAGGGCAAACACAGUUUUUUUAAGGAAGUUGCCCAUCACACCAAGUGUUUCAAAAAUAUUGCUCUAACACUCUCAAGAAAACACCAGAUGAUGAUUGCAUAUCACUUACACUCAUCACGUCCACAGAAACCUGGAGCUGAAGUAUCGAGUGUAUCAAGAGUCCCUGUUGAGAUGCUGAAAGAUGACGUGUCAUUGCCUCUUAAGCAGAUGUAUCCAAACAUGGCAGAAGUAAACAUGGCUAACAGUGCAGAUUACAAGGGGAUCAACUACAGAAAGGGAAUGAUAGUCAUUUGUGGGUUUACGGAUGGACUACCUGAAUUUGGAGAGAUAAUAAGGAUAUGUGUACUUCAGGAUACUCUGAAUUUCAUAGUCAAGAGGUUCUCAGCUUGGUAUAGGGAGCACUACCGGGCCUUUGAACUGCAACCAUGUCCAACUGGGACAAUGUCCCUGAUCACACACGAUGAACUGGCAGAGAAGUACCCUUUACACGACUACUUUGUUGGGCCCCUUCGACUGGUUACAUUCAAAAGAUAUCCAUAUAUUAAAAGCUCGUGUUGAAUAUCUUCUCUAGUCUGACACAUUUGGAUGAUGGCUGCACCAGUAAAACUCCGGAUUAUCCUUGGUUCCAACAAUGCUGAAAAACUGACCAUACAAUCAGGCAUGCCAACGUCUGUUGAGGAUCUUGCAAAUGAGAUCAAACGUCAGUUUGAUAUAGAGGGGGACAUUAGACUCCAGUAUAUGGACAGUGACUUUAACGAGUUUGUUAACCUUAACCAAAUAAGCGACAUUCAAGACAAGAGCACAGUGAAAAUCAUUCACUUGUCAGAUGCUCUGGACCUCAGCCAAGGCAGCAUGAACCAGAGUAGAGAAGAAGCAUCCUCGUCAUCUUCUGACACAAUCAUACUCUCCUCUGAUUCAGAAUCUUCUCGAUCACAUUGGCCCAAAGAAUUCCAAAUUCCAAAGUUCUCUUAUGAUGUGGAGAUGCAACUUCGAAGUGCAAACCAGGACUUUGUAUCAAGUGGAGUUCUUCUGACCCCCGGUCACAAGCUUAAAUCAGACAUCCUGGAAAGUCUUGCUCAGGAAAUCAUCAAGUUCAAAGCCUAUCCCUCAAACUUGGAAAUUGAAUCUGUUGCUGAAGCACUAAUCAAAGCACAUCCAUGCUUGAGAGAACAGGGAUCCUUCAGUGGUUUCUACGGCUGGAAGAUAAGCCUUAAGUACAAGAUGGCGAACUACAGGACAAAACUUCGAACCUUGGGGUGCCCUGAACUGAGCAUCAAUUCCCUCAAGCACAAACCUGCAGAUCGAUGUCAGCCUGCCUAUGAUGUCAAAAAGCCGAGGAAAGCUGAAGUAAAUUUUUGUCCGCCCUAUCCUGCUGGAGAGACCAAGGACAGCCUUGAAGGGGAAAGAUUGGCGUUGCUGUCUGAGGUGAAGAAGAGACACAAUGACAAAGUUGUCAAAGAAAAGAUGGCUAAGACCUUCGCAUACAGAAGGCAGGAAGUCGUCAGAGACAAGCCCAUGAUCGCGGAGUUCAAGAUCAGGUGGCCAGGACUGUUCACUGUGGCAGAGGUGGAAGCAGAAUUUGUGAGGAUCACUACUGGUCCCCUUGUCUCAAGGUUCCAUGCACAGCUUGACCAACACACUGCCCAGCUCAUCAAAGUGCUCAAGAAGAAAGGAGGCUCUGCAGGGACUAACAUCAGCAGGAUUUUGGUCCCAAUCACACAGAAUGAAACUGUUGAAAAGAGGAGGGAGUGCAUCCUCAGAGCACUUUGUAUCUACCUCAACGAAGACCCGAGCAUCCUCUUCAAAGAAUACCUGGAUUCUGAUGGCACUGAUGCACAGAGGAAGUUGGAGCAGCUCACCCUUGGCAUCUACACCAUCAAAGUGGAGGGAGGUGAUGCCACCACUCCUCCUGCUGAUGUUGGAAUUGUGAUCGAGGGUGUUGAAGUUCUACAUGACCUGGGAGAUGUCGCCUCUGCAUGUGCACUCUUAAUGGGUGUAAUAUAUGCACUGAACCUCAGUUAUCCUAAAGAACUGAAGACAUACUUUGAGGUACUUCAGAAGCUCUUCCUUCAGCUUGAUGCUGGCAAACUCUCAACCAAGGUACAGAUGCUCAAGAACAAGCUGUAUCAAUGAACCAAACAUUGAUUUGCAUGCUGUGUGAGAAUAAAAUUAUCACUUUGAAAAUGGAGGGAAAAAAAACUUCAAAAAUAUUAAACAUGUGGGAAACUACUAACAAAAGAGAAAAUUAUAGUGGAGCAGGGUUCCCACACAUUUAAAAAUCUUUGAAA